AGGGGACAGGGCAGCCUUCGCUUCCUGCCCCCCUGCCUCUGGAGCAGGCCCCGGCCAGAGGGGCGGCCGCUCUCCUCCCCCACUGGCCGAGCCCAGUCUCAGUGCCAGACAGGAAACCGUCAUUACAGUGGGAGUCUGGGCGGCAGUGGCUGCGAGUCCGGCCGUGGGGAUGGGGUAGGGUUGUCCCUAACAAGUGACCUGGCCUUUCAGUACCUGGCCGCUGAGGGUGGAGGGCAGAGAUUGACCUUUUAUACCAAGCAAGAGGGUUCUCCAACCCCCAGCUCAUCCCUGGGCCCCCAGCCAGGCCUUGGUGCUCUGUCUGCUUUGGGGUCUCCGAACUGAGGAUGCAGCUUAAGGUAGAAGAAUGGGCAGGGGCUCCAGCACUGAUCAACGCUGGAAUCUUGGUUCUGCUAGUACCUUGCUGUGUGGCCUUGGCUCAGCGCUGGCGCAGCGAGAACUUCGAGAGGCCCGUGGACCUUGAGGGCUCCGGGGACGACGACUCCUUCCCCGAUGAUGAACUGGAUGACCUCUACUCGGGGUCGGGCUCGGGCUACUUCGAGCAGGAGUCGGGCCUUGAGACAGCCAUGCGCUUCAGCCCAGAUAUGGCCCCGGCGGUGUCCACCACGCCCGCCGUGCUGCCCACUACGGACAUCCAGCCCGUGGGUGCUCCGUUUGAAGAGCUGCCCUCUGAGCGCCCUACCCCGGAGAUGGCCACCAGCACCCCAGUGGUGACCGAGGUCCCAGGAGAGCCCAGCCAGAGAGCCACCACCGUAUCCACUACCACAGCUACCACUGCCGCCGUGACCACAGGGGCCCCGGCCAUGGUGCCUGCCACAGUGGCCACCGCCACCCCCAGCACCCCUGCGGUACCUCCUUCCACGGCCACCGCUUCUGUUGUAAGGACCACCGGCAUCCAGAGGCUUCUGCCGCUUCCACUGACCACGGCAGCCACGGCCCGGGCCACCACCCCGGCGGUGCCCUCACCUCCCACCACAGUAGCUGUCUUGGACACAGAGGCCCCAACACCCAGGCUGGUCAGCACAGCUACCUCCAGGCCAAGAGCCCUCCCCAGGCCGGUUACCACCCAGGACCCUGACAUCCCUGAACGGCGCACCCUGCCCCUGGGGACCACUGCCCCUGGACCUACGGAGGUGGCUCAGACCCCAACUCCGGAGUCCUUGCUGACCACAAUCCGGGAUGAGCCGGAGGUGCCAGUGAGUGGGGGGCCAAGCGGGGACUUUGAGCUGACGGAGGAAGAGACCACGCAGCCAGACACAGCCAAUGAGGUGGUGGCUGUGGGUGGGGCUGCGGCCGAGCCCUCACCCCCACCCGGGGUGCUGCCCAAGGGUGCUCGCCCAGGCCCUGGCCUCCUGGACAAUGCCAUCGACUCGGGCAGUUCGGCCGCUCAGCUGCCUCAGAAGAGUAUCCUGGAGCGGAAGGAGGUGCUUGUAGCGGUGAUCGUGGGCGGGGUGGUGGGCGCCCUGUUCGCCGCCUUCCUGGUCACGCUGCUCAUCUACCGCAUGAAGAAGAAGGACGAGGGCAGCUACACGCUGGAGGAGCCCAAGCAGGCGAGUGUCACCUACCAGAAACCCGACAAGCAGGAGGAGUUCUACGCGUAGGAGCCCCCGGGCCCCCCGCAGCCUCGCCGCCGCCCCUGCGCCCAGUCCCCGCCCGGCCCCGCCUGCCCAGGCCUGGGACUGGGCCCCCGCGCCCCCUCCCCGGCGUCCCAGGACAGGAGGCGCUGCCGUCUGCCGCGACAGGAGGAAGGCAGCUCCUGAUUGGCUGGUGGUGGAGGGGCGGGGCUCGAGGUGGGCCUGCCCCCUGCCCCUGUCCCCGCCCACCCUGGCCCGGCGGAGGGCUCCUUGCUGGGGAGAGAGGCCCUUGGGCUGGCAUCCAGGCCACGCAUCUGGCAGACUCAGCCCUUAAAUCAUCCGGACACUGCAGCCCCUCACUCCUUCCCCUCGCCCCUCUCUCCUGGGUGAGAGAGUGUCCCUUGUCCCCAGCCUGUUCUGUCCUGGUUCCCAUUCCCUGCCACCCUAGAACACAUGCCCCCACAGGCAUCACCGCUUUCCAGUCUUCCCCUGAAGAAAUGGCUGCCCGAGGGUACCCUGGCAGGCAGCGGUGAGGAGGGGCCACUCCAACGGGCCUCUGCGGGGCUCUGCGCUCACCCCUUCUCCCACACUGUCGCACUCAGGCACACACGAGACAUCAAGCAAGACAUCACGCACCAACAGAACCACAUGCUACCCGACCAUCCCGGCCAAUCGAGCCCUGUCGCAGCCACGCACACAUUCUCCCGACGAUGUUUAUUCUCACGCAUUCCCUACGCACCCCCCAAACAAUCACUGCAGGCCACUAGGCACGGCCACCUGAACCAUGACCGGGCCCCCGCCUCUUUCUGCCCACCAUGUCCUCACCUGCACACCCACCCCGACACAACACACCUGGUCUCGGGGUUUCAGGCUCACGGGGCGGGUGGAUCAAGCCGAACAAUCAGCCCAUAUUGGGUCACCCCGAGUCACCCUGUCACUGCAUCGCCACUGACCCCGGCCUGUGUCAGACCUGAUCCCUCGUGGAUGCACAAUCUCACGCCACACAGCCUCCCUCUCAUGUGGGGGAGGCAGGUGGGCCCUGGCUCUUCCUGGAGUGAAGCCUGGUGUGGGGGAAGGUGCCAGAAGUCCCCCAAGGGCCUGGCCUCCCCCUUGCCAGUUUCCCUCCCCCCUGUAGCCACUGAAGGGGAUGUUUGGGGCCAGCCCUCCACCGGCUGGGAGCCUUGGGACUUCCCCAAGGCUGACGAAGGAGCAAGCUGGCUCCUGGUAUUGAGUUGGCUCUAGGCCGUGGAGGGUGCUUGGGUCUCCCAGGACCCUGGGCCCCCGCUGGGGAGGGGGUGUGUGACCAGGCCCCUGGUCUCCCCGCACCCCCUCCUGGCUCUCAGCGAGGGGGCUGACUGCCUCCCAGGACACCAAGUCUCCAAAGUGCCUGAGAGGGCGUGCCCUGCCCUCGGCCUCCCCCUGCGCCACAGGGGCCCGCCCCUUGGAUACCUGCCCACCCAUUUGGCCAAACAGCUGGUACUUGGGGCCAUACCUGGAUGGACCCACAGCCGGAAGCAGUCCCUCCCAGAUGAGCUGCCCAUGGCCAGGAUCAGAGCAGGGGGUGGGAGUGGGUGGGGGUGUUGCAGGCCCCAGCCCACCUUCCCCUUCUGGGGCCAUUUCCGUAGAUAUUUUCAAUGUAGGGUCACAUUCCUUUUGGGGGAGGGUGCGCUUGGUAAGGGGGUGGGGGGCACUUGGAGUCAAAGGGCUGUCGUGUGAGUUGUGACCAGCUGGUGCUCACACCCACACCCACCCCCUCACCCACAACCCCAAUUAAAGUCAGACACCCAGGUUUUAUUUCUGUUCCCUUUUCAAAACUUCCCGGAAGCAGAUUUCUGCAGGUUGAAGGGUGGGGGCUGCCUGAGGCAGUGAGGAUGGGGUUCCAGGACAUCUCCCACAGCCUGCCUUUUCCAGAGGUCUUUCUCCCAGGCUAGGGCUCCAUCUUGUAGACCCCAGGGCCCCCCUCGGCAGAUCCGGGAGGCUUGUGAGGAGCCCAGCUGGCCCUGGCCUUUGAGGAGGGGUGGGAAUGGGAUGAAAGCAUCCUGGGCCUCACUUCAGUCAUCCCUGGAACAGAAGGGUUGAGGGCCAGGGAGUGGAGGAGACCAGAAGUCCCAGCCUCUCUGCCCUGCUCCCUGGGUGGGCUCCUGUCAUGGGGACAGCAGCUCUGGUGAGAAGUCCUGAGCAGGCGGAGGCUGAGAAACCAGGGAGCAUGGAGGAAAGGGGCCCUGGACCACCCAGCGAAGACCAGAGCAUUCUGGCCCCAGGGGGUGCUGGGAGCCCGUGGAGCCCCCGCAGUCAGAGGUCCUGGAGUAGGUUUAGGCUGGCCCGGGUGGGCCUGGCUCCUCCCAUCCCCAGGGCCAAGUUCUAAGGUGGUGUUUGGGGCUUUCCCUCCAGGCAUUGGGUCUCUUCUCUGUUUUCUUAGCAUUUGAGAAGGUGGGCCUUGUUUAGGGAGCCCUGGGUCCAAGACAGAUGUCCAGGCUUUAUCACAUGAAGUCUAAUACAAUCUGACCAGCCCAAAUCCGCUGUGGCCAGCCCUUGCCUACUCUGGCCUGUCCAAUUAAGGUGAGGCAAACCAAGUGAGAGUAGUUGGUUAAAAGGAAGAGCUGGAGCUCUCCAAGGUGCAAUGUGUGGGUGUAGGGCCCUCACUCCAUGUGUGCAGGGCCUGCCCAAAUAGAUUCCCAGAUACCCCAGUGCUCCCGGGGGAAGGCGUCCUGCUGGGACUGGGCAUCUCCUGGAGGUGAAUUCUGAAUGAGGGAGUUCUUGCGUGGCUUGAGAACCUCCCUGGGGCCUUGGCUGCCAGACAGCAUGAGUAGGGUGGGGUCUAGAGAGCUGGGGGUUGGGCCACUCUAGGCCUAGGGUGGUGCCCAUCCCCCACCCCCCACCCCUCGGCUGUGACUUCUGGAGCCCAGGCUGUGUCCCCAGGGGUCUGGAGGGAUGAGGUCUCUGGAGUCAGGGAGGGGGCACCUUUCCUGCAAGGCUUGUCCCUUGGUCAUCCGAGGGCUGGACCGGGAAGGCCUGUGGGCAGGAGCUAUGGGUGCUCAGGUCAGACCCCUGGGGGUCCAAGACUAUCUUUCAGGCCCCCAGGCUGGGCACCGCAGCACAGGGAGCAGACCUGCCUCUGCCUCGCUCGUGGGGCAGGAGUGGUGGCCUCUUCCAUGGCUCCUGGGUUUCUCCUGACAGCCACAACCCCGGACUGGCCUCCCCAGGCCUGCCUGUAAAUAGAAGCCCAUGAACUGUACAGAUAGACAGAGCCGCCGAGAUGUUGCCCAGGCGUCCCCCAGGUGCCCGCCUGGCACCUCAGUGCAUCCAGCCCCAGGGUGGACAGUGCAUGUAAAUAUUUUUCGUAGGCAGCGUGGCUCCAGAGAGCCCCCUGAAGACUGUGUCCCUCUGUCUGGCGUGUCCUUUUCCUGUACAGAUCCCUCUAAGAACCCACUUGGGGUGGGGCAGGGAGGCUCUGUCUGUCCCUCACCAAGGCCUUCCUUGCCCUUUUCCCUAUAACCUGUUUAUUAACUGUACCUGCCCCGAAUCCAUGGCCAAAACUUUAAAUAAGAAAAAGCAGAGGAAAAAGAGACGAAGGCACCUGCCCCGCUGUGGGUGUUCACCUGUUGCAGCCUCGUGAAGGAACUGGUUUUUGUUUCUUUUUUUCUUUUUCU